AUGCGUCAGCCUUCAGUUGGAGAAGUUGCCGAUGGAGAAAGCAUUGGGCGUUCAGUGGAAUACGGAAAGGGACACGUUGGGAUUCCGGGGAAGCAAAUUGAAAGCAGAGUCAAGAAGAGGAUUCUAUCGUUCAUAGCUUCGGUCUACGAUCCCCUUGGUCUAGUCGCUCCUGUCGUUUUACCAGCCAAACGCAUAAUGCAAAACCUGUGUCGAGUAAAUCACGGCUGGGACGAAGAUCUCCCAAUCGAGACAAGCGAAAUAUGGCAUGAUUGGCAAAACGAAUUCCAUUCCCUUGUGAAAUUAGAAAUACCUCGAUGCUAUAAACCGCACGAAUUUAACAAGACAAGGAAUGCGGAACUCCACUAUUUUGCUGACGCAUCGACUGAAGGAUAUGGGGUAGCAACGUACCUUCGGCUGGAAGAUACCCAAGGAAGGAUUCAUUGUACCUUAGUUAUGGGCAAAUCAAGAGUUGCACCUCUUAAAACAGUCACGGUACCCAGAUUGGAACUAACCGCUGCAACAUUGGCCGUGAAGCUGAAUAAACAAAUUUGUGAUGAGUUGGAUCUGUCAAUAAGUCAAAUUGUUUUCUGGAGCGAUUCAAUGAUAGUGCUGCGUUACAUUAAGAGCGAGAACAAAAGGUUUCAAACCUUUGUAGCGAAUCGAUUACAAGUUAUUCACGAUGCUUCUACUCCGAAUCAAUGGAGACAUGUGCCAACCAAGCUCAACCCAGCCGACCUUGCAUCAAGAGGUAUAAGUCUUGGUCGCGCAACAGGCCAAGACCAACGGGACUUGCAGUUUUGGUUGAACGGACCCGAUUUCCUUUGGAAAGAUCCCAAAUUAUGGCCAACGCAGCUAGAUGACAUACCAGACGUAGAAGACACAGAUGUGGAAGUAAAGAAACCUAAAGCAAGAGUUGGUGCCGUCAUCAACUCAAAGGAUGCACCCUGA